AUGCUGAAACAUCGUGGAAGUCAAUCAAAGAACACACAAAGGAAGAAGCAGUGCAUUGACAGCCAGGAUCCCGAUGCAGCUCCAUCUGCGCCCGACCGGAGAUUGCACCCCAAGGAUGUCGAACCACCGAAAUGCGAUCGUCGGGCGCAUGUUGAGGACGCAGAUGAUGAUGAUGAUGAUGAUGUCGAACCACCGAAACGCAACCGAUGUGCACAUGUUGAGGAUGCAGAUGAUGAUGAUGAUGUUGUCAAGAUCUUCGAGUCUGAUAAUGAGGCCACGGAGAAGGUCCGGGCAAAGAAGAAGGAAUUGAUGACACCUGAGGAAGAGCUGAGCGAGAUGCAGAAAGACUGGACAGCGACAGCCUAUGCUUUCUGUAAGCCUGAAGUCACUAUUGAGACAGAUAAGGCGGGCGUACGUGGACAUGUUUUUUGUUGCGCGAACCACGGCUGCAAGAUGAAGGUGAAGCGAUGGCUUGAUAAAGGAGAUCAAAUGUCGACGGGGAACAUGCGUAGACAUAUCCGGAAGUGCUGGGGUGAGGAGGCUUUGGCAGCGGCUGAUGAGAUGAACACCGCGGCUGAUGAGAUGAACACCGCGGCUGAUGAGAUGAACACCGCGGCUGAUGAGAUGAACACCGCGGCUGAUGCGCGCCCAUCUAUUGAGAAGUUCAGAUGGUCAGGAGAUAUCACCGUGGCAUUCGAGCGCAAAGAGAAAGGGAAGGUAACUUACUCUGUGUGCCAGCACACACGCACCGAGACCCGGGCGGAGAUUGUGCGCUGGGUCUCGGAAAGCCUUCGCCCAUUCACGAUCAUUGAGGAUCAUGCAUACCAGUCUUUGAUGAAAACGGGUCAGCCAGAAUAUUGGAUCCCCUCGUGCUGGACGGUAGCACGAGAUGUGCACAAAGUAUUCGCAUGCUGUUGGGCACAUGUCGCGAAGAUGCUGCAGGAGUACGAUGGCGAGUUGAGCUUCGCCACUGAUGCUUGGACCUCGCUGAACCAUAAGGCAAUCGUCACGUUCACAGUCCACUUGCAGCAUAAGGGCAUGCCACUCCGGAUGGUCCUCGAUGUUGUUGAAGUCGCGGACUCCCAUAGUGGCGUCAACCUUGCCACUGCAUUUGCGAAGAUGGUGGAUGAUUUCAAAAUUGCUAUAAAGAUGCUCAGCAUCACCGUGGACAAUGUGUCGCCAAAUAAUGUCAUGAUCGAUGAGCUCGCCAAGUUGAUCAAGUCGUUUCAAGGCCAGGCAAACUGCGCGCGAUGUUUCGACCACAUCAUUAAUCUCAUGGCCAAGAGCCUGCUGCGCCAGUUUGACAUCCCACAGAAUGGAGCUGAUGCGACACUCGACGACACCAAAAAUGCCCUUCACGAGCUGGCAAAGGAUUUGGAACUUGGAGUGGGAGAAGGAGGUGAGAAGGGGGAGCCACCGAAUGAUAUUGAGGGCCUCCAGGACGAAUGCGAGGGGAUGUCCAUGGAGGAUCACGCAGCGCUCGAUGCGAGUGUGCGGCCUGUUAAGCUCAUUCUUGUUAAGUUGCGUAAGAUCGCGUCCGUGAUCAUACACUCAUCAACGAAGCUCUUGCCAGCUUGGUUGAAGGUGCUGGCAGACUUGGAGCUGGCAGAGAGAAAGAUGCCUCGGGAUGUCAUCACGCGAUGGAACUCGACCUUCCGGAUGUUGGAAUUUGCACUGGAAUAUGAGAUGGACGACGAUGAAUGGGAGAUAGCAAAACAGCUGUGUGACAUCCUCAAGGUCUUCAACGACGCAACCUUGUACUUCUCACGCGACACACCUAGCUUACCUAUGGUCAUUCCGGCCAUGGAUAUCAUCGAUGAGAAGCUGACAAAUGACUCUCUCGACUCCGACUAUGAGCCCUGUAUCUGCGCUGCCCUCGGGAUGGCGAAGAAGACACUGAAUCGCUACUACGACAAGACCGAUCUUUCCAACAUGUACCGCAUCGCAAUGGUGCUACACCCCUCCCACAAACUGCAGUACUUCCAGAAUGCCGAUUGGCAGGCAGAAUGGAUCACGACAGCAAGGGCGCUGGUCCAUGAAGAGUAUGACUGUGCUUAUGCGCAAUGUGCAGUGAAUGUCAAGCCUACUCAGAUGAAGCAAUCGGAACACAUGCCAUCUAGCAACAUGUUCGACAACCUCCUGAAUGCGAAUGUCUCCAAGGGCAAAGACAAUCGCGAUGAGCUCAAAUGCUAUCUCGAUGCUGACACAGAGCAUGUUGAUGGUGAUGCGCUUGGCUGGUGGUACGUGCGGUGCAAGGAGUUCCCUCAUCUAUCGUGGAUGGCCAUGAGUUAUCUUACUAUUCCCGCCACGUCUGUUGACGUUGAGCACAUCUUCAGCAAGGGGCACAUAUUGUUACCACAUCUGCAAAAUGGUCUCUCCGUGGAGUCUAUUCGUGCUCUUCUGUGUCUUGCGGAGUGA